CAAGACUCUUAACUGUCAGUAGGAGAAAACUUUGCAACUCUUUUUUCUUCCAACACCUCAAACUCAACUUCAGGAAACAUGCGUGAGUGCAUCUCUGUUCAUAUAGGGCAAGCAGGUGCCCAGAUUGGUAAUGCCUGCUGGGAGCUCUACUGCCUGGAACAUGGGAUACAGCCGGAUGGACAGAUGCCCAGUGACAAGACCAUCGGAGGAGGAGACGACUCUUUCAAUACGUUCUUCAGUGAAACAGGAGCUGGGAAGCAUGUCCCCAGAGCUAUUUUUGUAGACCUUGAGCCUACUGUCAUUGAUGAAGUGCGCACUGGAACCUACCGCCAGCUGUUUCACCCUGAGCAGCUGAUCACUGGUAAGGAAGAUGCUGCCAACAACUACGCCCGUGGACACUACACCAUCGGAAAAGAGAUCAUCGACCUGGUUAUGGAGAGGAUACGCAGACUGUCUGACAAGUGCACAGGCCUUCAGGGCUUCCUGGUUUUCCAUAGCUUUGGUGGAGGAACUGGCUCUGGUUUUACCUCCCUGCUUAUGGAGCGUCUUUCUGUGGAAUAUGGCAAGAAGUCCAAACUGGAGUUUUCAAUCUACCCAGCUCCUCAGGUGUCCACUGCUGUGGUGGAGCCUUACAACUCCAUAUUGACCACCCACACCACCCUGGAGCACUCUGACUGUGCUUUCAUGGUGGACAACGAGGCAAUCUACGAUAUCUGUUGCCGAAACCUUGACAUCGAGCGUCCCACCUACACCAAUCUGAACAGGCUCAUAAGCCAGAUCGUGUCCUCCAUUACCGCUUCUCUUCGCUUUGAUGGUGCCCUAAAUGUGGAUUUGACAGAAUUCCAGACCAACUUGGUGCCGUAUCCUCGCAUCCACUUCCCUCUGGCCACAUAUGCCCCAGUGAUCUCCACCGAGAAGGCCUACCAUGAGCAGCUCACUGUGGCUGAGAUCACAAACUCCUGCUUUGAGCCUGCCAAUCAGAUGGUAAAAUGCGACCCCCGCAUUGGCAAGUACAUGGCUUGCUGCCUUCUCUACAGGGGCGACGUGGUGCCCAAAGACGUCAAUGUUGCCAUCGCUGCAAUCAAAACAAAGCGAUCUAUCCAGUUUGUGGACUGGUGUCCAACUGGUUUCAAGGUGGGCAUCAACUACCAGCCACCCACCGUGGUUCCUGGGGGAGACCUGGCCAAGGUCCAGAGGGCUGUGUGCAUGCUGAGUAACACCACAGCUAUUGCAGAGGCCUGGGCUCGACUUAACCACAAGUUUGACCUGAUGUACACCAAGCGGGCUUUUGUUCACUGGUAUGUGGGUGAAGGGAUGGAAGAGGGUGAAUUCUCUGAAGCCAGGGAGGAUUUGGCAGCUCUGGAGAAGGAUUAUGAGGAGGUUGGAGCUGAGAGCUUGGCUGAGGAAGAUGAAGGAGAAGAAUAUUAAACAUCAAUCCUUGUCUAAAUUUAUUUGGCUUUUGAAGCAUUACUCAAUUUUACUUGACUUAGAAACUAGUUCAGUGAAGCCCAUAAUUAUUCAUACUCCUGGCAUAAGAGGAUAUUAGGAUGUAAUACAAUCUUCAUUCAACCAAGACAUUUGUUUCUGAUUGGAAAUGACACAGGCAAUUCCCAAAAGAUAACCCAGAUUUCUUAAGUUUUUGUUUUAGUUCUUUUACUGUUUUGCAAAAAGAAAACUAAAUAUUGAUUUGAAACUGUAAAAAUGGCAAAAAAGUUGUUUGACUUAUGCAAUGCUAUAGGGAAAUAAUAUAUAGGAUAAUACUUCACCCUUUUUAUUUUUAUACAUUUUGAAAAAAAUUUAAUGUGUGAAAAAUGUGAAACAUCCUUUUGAAUGUUUGAAAUGAAAAAUGUACAAGAGAUCCUUAUUAAAAAAUAUGUAUUCUACUUCUAUGUACUUCUUAACAAAAAUAUCAUGUUUAAUUAUUCAU